CUGUGAAUGUUAAAUUCUACAAGGAUGAUUAAUUGUUUUCUGUAAAUGAUAAGGAAAAGGAUAGUGCAUAUAUAAGCCAUGUGGAUGCUACUUGGUUUUGGCAAUCAAAGAAACAGCUUUUAUCUGCUAUGCUGAUAAAGGUUGUUAACAGAUUUAGUAUUCUGUGUGAAUAGAGACAGAGAGGGGGGAAAAUCGCAGGAUUCAAAGGCAUUCACUGAGAGAUGCAAAAAUUCUCAUAUGUGGAGACAUUUUCCACAGCGGGAACUUUAAUCCAUGUGUGAAGCAGGCUGCUUGCAUGGUGAAAAACAAAACAGCGCCGCCCCCUCCCCUGCUCCCUCUGCCUCACCCCCCUCACUCCAUUGACAUGCAUAGCUGGCCUGGUAGGUGUAAAAAUAGACAGGCAGCGCCUGAAUUGGAAAUGGCCACUGAAUGCAGCCUGCAGUUGCCGGGUUUUGAGUUCUCUCUGACACCAGCAAGCCAGCCGGCAGAUGGGUAGGCCUGGUGAGGGGCGUGUAGGGGGACUGAGUGGAGGAGCCAAGGAUCUUCUUGAUGAAUUGUCCAUGUUAGUGUGCCCCUGCGAGCCCUGGACAGAGUGCAGAAGGCAAGCACGGGCCCAACUGACCGCAGGAACUACAGAACUGAGAUGGGAAAUGCAGCCGUCUGCUCGUCUUGCCAUGCAGAUAAGAGUAUAAGGGCACAUGGAAACAUGCAGGAAUUGGAUAAAGCCCCAGACUACUAUGGCUAUAGCAGUGAGGACGUCAAAGAACCGGGGGCGCGGUCUGACAGCAAUGCAAGCUUCCUACGUGCUGCCAGAGCAGGCAACCUGGACAAAGUAGUGGAAUAUCUGAAGGGAGGCAUAGACAUCAACACCUGCAAUCAGAAUGGACUCAAUGCUCUCCAUCUGGCUGCCAAGGAAGGCCAUGUGGGACUGGUUCAGGAGUUGCUGGGAAGAGGGUCCUCUGUGGAUUCUGCCACGAAGAAGGGAAACACUGCUCUUCACAUCGCAUCUUUGGCUGGACAAGCAGAAGUUGUGAAGGUUCUUGUUAAGGAAGGAGCCAAUAUUAAUGCACAGUCUCAGAAUGGCUUUACUCCUUUAUAUAUGGCUGCCCAAGAGAACCACAUCGAUGUUGUAAAAUACUUACUGGAAAAUGGAGCUAAUCAGAGCACUGCUACAGAGGAUGGCUUUACUCCUCUAGCUGUGGCGCUCCAGCAAGGACAUAACCAGGCAGUGGCCAUCCUCUUGGAGAAUGACACCAAAGGAAAAGUCAGGCUGCCAGCCCUGCAUAUUGCAGCUAGGAAAGAUGACACCAAAUCUGCCGCACUCCUGCUUCAGAACGAUCACAAUGCUGACGUACAAUCCAAGAUGAUGGUGAAUAGGACAACAGAGAGUGGUUUUACCCCUUUGCACAUAGCUGCACACUAUGGAAAUGUCAAUGUGGCAACUCUGCUUCUAAAUCGUGGAGCUGCUGUGGACUUCACAGCCAGGAAUGGAAUCACUCCUCUGCACGUGGCUUCAAAGAGAGGAAACACAAACAUGGUGAAGCUCUUACUGGAUCGAGGUGGUCAAAUUGAUGCCAAAACUAGGGAUGGGUUGACACCACUUCAUUGUGCUGCACGAAGUGGGCAUGACCAAGUGGUGGAACUUCUGUUGGAACGCGGUGCUCCCUUGCUGGCAAGGACGAAGAAUGGGCUGUCUCCACUUCACAUGGCUGCACAGGGAGACCACGUGGAGUGUGUGAAGCACCUGUUACAGCAUAAGGCACCUGUUGACGAUGUCACCCUGGACUACCUGACAGCCCUCCAUGUUGCUGCUCACUGUGGCCACUACCGUGUAACCAAACUCCUCCUGGACAAGAGAGCCAAUCCUAACGCCAGAGCCCUGAAUGGUUUUACUCCACUGCACAUUGCCUGCAAGAAAAACCGCAUCAAAGUCAUGGAACUGCUGGUGAAAUAUGGGGCUUCAAUCCAAGCUAUAACAGAGUCUGGCCUCACACCAAUACAUGUGGCUGCCUUCAUGGGCCACUUGAACAUUGUCCUCCUUCUGCUGCAGAACGGAGCCUCUCCAGAUGUCACUAACAUUCGCGGGGAGACGGCACUGCACAUGGCAGCCCGGGCAGGCCAGGUGGAAGUGGUCCGAUGCCUCCUGAGAAAUGGUGCCCUUGUUGAUGCCAGAGCCAGGGAGGAACAGACGCCUUUGCAUAUUGCUUCCCGCCUGGGUAAAACAGAAAUUGUCCAGUUGCUUCUACAACAUAUGGCUCAUCCCGAUGCUGCCACUACAAAUGGAUACACACCGCUGCACAUCUCUGCCCGGGAAGGCCAAGUUGAUGUGGCAUCAGUCCUCCUGGAAGCAGGAGCAGCCCACUCCUUAGCUACCAAGAAAGGUUUUACGCCCCUGCACGUAGCAGCCAAGUAUGGAAGCCUGGAUGUGGCAAAACUUCUCUUGCAACGCCGCGCUGCCGCAGAUUCUGCCGGGAAGAAUGGCCUUACCCCACUCCAUGUUGCUGCUCAUUAUGACAACCAGAAGGUGGCGCUGCUGUUACUGGAGAAGGGUGCUUCCCCUCACGCCACUGCCAAGAAUGGCUAUACUCCUUUACAUAUUGCUGCCAAGAAGAAUCAAAUGCAGAUAGCUUCCACACUUCUGAACUAUGGAGCAGAAACUAACAUUGUGACAAAGCAAGGGGUCACUCCGCUGCAUUUGGCCUCACAGGAAGGGCACACCGAUAUGGUCACCUUGCUUCUGGAUAAGGGAGCCAAUAUCCACAUGUCAACAAAGAGUGGACUCACCUCCUUACACCUUGCAGCCCAGGAAGAUAAAGUCAACGUUGCUGAAAUUCUCACCAAACAUGGGGCUGACAAGGAUGCUCACACAAAGCUUGGUUACACCCCUUUAAUUGUGGCCUGUCACUAUGGAAAUGUGAAAAUGGUCAACUUUCUUCUGAAGCAAGGAGCAAAUGUUAAUGCAAAAACCAAGAAUGGCUACACGCCUUUGCACCAGGCUGCCCAGCAGGGUCAUACGCACAUCAUCAACGUCCUGCUCCAGCACGGGGCCAAGCCCAACGCCACCACUGCGAAUGGUAACACUGCCUUGGCCAUUGCUAAGCGUCUGGGCUACAUCUCCGUGGUCGACACCCUGAAGGUUGUGACGGAGGAAGUCACCACCACCACCACGACUAUCACGGAAAAACACAAGCUAAAUGUUCCUGAGACAAUGACUGAGGUUCUUGAUGUUUCUGAUGAAGAGGCUUUAAAACAGUUUGGUGACCACUUUAUUGAUGGGGAAGCACUUAGUGAUUCAGGUGAUGACACAAUGACAGGUGAUGGAGGAGAGUACCUUAGGCCUGAGGAUUUGAAAGAGCUGGGUGAUGAUUCGUUGCCCAGCAGUCAGUUUCUGGACGGCAUGAACUACCUGCGGUACAGCUUGGAGGGAGGACGGUCUGACAGCCUUCGAUCCUUCAGUUCCGACAGGUCUCACACUCUGAGCCAUGCCUCCUACCUGAGGGACAGUGCCAUGAUUGAUGACACAGUUGUGAUCCCCAGUCACCAGGUGUCAACUCUAGCCAAGGAGGCAGAAAGGAAUUCUUAUCGUCUAAGCUGGGGCACUGAGAACCUAGACAACGUGGCUCUUUCUUCAAGCCCUAUUCAUUCAGGCCGCACCUCUCCAUGUCUUGAUCGUGACAACAGCAGUUUCCUGGUUAGUUUUAUGGUGGAUGCCCGAGGUGGCGCUAUGCGAGGCUGCAGACACAACGGGCUCCGAAUCAUUAUUCCACCUCGAAAAUGCACCGCCCCAACACGAGUCACCUGCCGACUGGUCAAGCGCCAUAGACUGGCAACAAUGCCCCCAAUGGUGGAAGGAGAAGGCCUGGCCAGUCGCCUGAUCGAAGUUGGACCCUCUGGUGCUCAGUUCCUUGGUAAACUUCACCUGCCAACGGCUCCUCCCCCACUUAAUGAGGGAGAAAGUUUGGUCAGCCGCAUCCUUCAGCUGGGGCCUCCUGGAACCAAAUUCCUUGGGCCUGUGAUCGUGGAGAUCCCUCACUUUGCGGCCCUGCGAGGAAAAGAGAGGGAGCUGGUUGUCCUGCGCAGUGAGAAUGGAGACAGCUGGAAAGAGCAUUUCUGUGAAUACACUGAAGAUGAACUGAAUGAAAUCCUUAAUGGCAUGGAUGAAGUGCUGGAUAGCCCCGAAGACCUUGAAAAGAAACGAAUCUGCCGCAUCAUCACCCGUGACUUCCCACAGUACUUUGCGGUGGUGUCUCGCAUCAAACAGGACAGCAACCUGAUUGGCCCAGAGGGAGGCGUGCUGAGCAGCACCGUGGUGCCCCAAGUGCAGGCUGUUUUCCCAGAGGGGGCACUAACCAAGAGAAUCCGUGUAGGCCUGCAGGCUCAACCUAUGCACUCUGAACUGGUUAAGAAGAUACUAGGUAACAAGGCUACCUUCAGCCCUAUCGUCACUUUGGAACCUAGAAGAAGAAAAUUCCACAAGCCUAUUACAAUGACCAUUCCUGUCCCCAAAGCUUCAAGUGAUGUCAUGCUGAAUGGUUUUGGGGGAGAUGCACCAACCUUAAGGUUACUAUGCAGCAUAACAGGUGGAACCACCCCCGCUCAGUGGGAAGAUAUUACAGGAACUACGCCAUUAACAUUUGUCAAUGAAUGUGUUUCCUUUACAACCAAUGUGUCUGCCAGGUUCUGGCUCAUAGACUGCCGACAGAUCCAGGAAUCAGUUACCUUUGCAUCACAGGUGUAUAGAGAAAUUAUCUGUGUACCUUAUAUGGCCAAAUUUGUAGUGUUUGCUAAAUCACAUGACCCCAUUGAAGCCAGGUUGAGAUGCUUCUGCAUGACUGAUGAUAAAGUGGACAAGACCCUUGAACAACAAGAAAACUUUGCUGAGGUGGCCAGAAGCAGGGAUGUGGAGGUAUUAGAAGGAAAACCCAUUUACGUUGAUUGUUUUGGCAACCUGGUGCCACUAACGAAGAGUGGCCAGCAUCAUAUAUUCAGUUUUUUUGCUUUCAAAGAAAACAGACUUCCUCUCUUUGUCAAGGUACGUGAUACUACUCAGGAACCUUGCGGACGACUAUCAUUUAUGAAGGAGCCCAAAUCCACAAGAGGCCUGGUGCAUCAAGCUAUUUGCAACCUCAACAUCACCCUGCCAGUUUAUACAAAGGAAUCAGAGUCAGAUCAAGAACAGGAGGAAGAGAUCGAUAUGACAUCAGAAAAAAAUGAUGAGACAGAAUCUACAGAAACAUCUGUCCUGAAAAGUCACCUGGUUAAUGAAGUUCCUGUCCUAGCAAGUCCGGACUUGCUCUCUGAAGUUUCUGAGAUGAAACAAGAUUUGAUCAAAAUGACUGCCAUCUUGACCACAGAUGUGUCUGAUAAGGCAGGUUCUAUUAAAGUGAAGGAGCUGGUGAAGGCGGCCGAGGAAGAGCCAGGAGAGCCUUUUGAAAUUGUUGAAAGAGUAAAAGAGGACUUAGAAAAGGUGAAUGAAAUCCUGAGGAGUGGAACCUGCACGAGGGACGAAGGCAGGGUGCAGGCCUCUCAGUCUGAGAGAGAACUAGUGGAGGAGGAUUGGGUUAUUGUCAGUGAGGAGGAAAUAGAAGAGGCUAGGCAAAAAGCACCUCUAGAAGUGAGUGAAUAUCCAUGUGUAGAAGUUAGGAUAGAGAAGGAGCCCAAAGUCAAAGCAGAGAAAGACCCGACUGGGCUAGUGAGCUACCUUACAGAGGAUCUCAAUUCCUACGAGUCUUCACGGGAAGAGCCCCGGCAGAUGGAGCAAGACACAACAGGGGAGCAAAGUGAGGCUGUGGUUAUGGACAGGAGCUCUGCAAAUGGAGGGAAGGACGUGUCCUCUGAAGAGACGCAGGCCACACAGAAGCAGCACAAACCAAGCUUGGGAAUAAAAAAGCCAGUGAGAAGGAAAUUAAAAGAGAAGCAGAAGCAGAAGGAGGAAGGCUUGCCAGCUAAUGCUGACAAAACUGAACUUAAAAAAUGCAGUUCGGAAGAGUCAUUAGAUGAAGACGCAGGUCUGGCCCCUGAACCUCUUCCCACUGUGAAGGCCACGUCUCCUUUGAUAGAAGAAACCCCCAUUGGUUCCAUAAAGGACAAAGUAAAGGCCCUUCAGAAACGCGUGGAAGAUGAACAGAAAGGUCGGAGCAAGUUGCCGAUCAGAGUUAAAGGCAAAGAGGACGUGCCAAAGAAGACCGUGCACCGGACACAUCCUGUGGCGUCACCCUCCCUGAAGUCCGAGAGGCAUGCGCCAACAUCCCCCUCCUCCAAAACGGAAAGACAUUCUUCCCUUUCCUCCUCUGCAAAACCUGAACGGCACACUCCACUGUCACCCUCAGGUAAAACAGAACGACACUCCCCGGUGUCAUCGGGCAAAACUGAGAAGCACUCCCCUGUGUCACCCUCAACCAAAACAGAACGACACUCCCCGGUGUCGUCUACAAAAACAGAAAGACACCCACCAGUCUCACCUUCAGGCAAAGUAGACAAACGCCCACCUGUAUCACCCUCUGGGAAGACAGAGAGGCAUCCACCAGUGUCACCUGGGAGAACAGAGAAACGAUUGCCUGUCUCACCUUCUGGAAGAACAGAGAAGCAUCCACCUCUAUCAACGGCUGGGAGAACGGAGAAGCACCUGCCUGUGUCACCUGGGAAAACAGAAAAGCAGCCGCCUGUAUCCCCCACCUCAAAAACAGAAAGAAUUGAGGAAACCAUGUCCGUUCGGGAGCUGAUGAAAGCGUUCCAAUCGGGUCAGGACCCAUCUAAACAUAAAACUGGUCUCUUUGAGCACAAAGCAGCCAAACAGAAACAACCUCAAGAAAAAGGUAAAGUCCGGGGAGAAAAAGAAAAGGGGCAGCCCAUAACCCAGCGAGAAACGCAGAAGACAGAGAGUCAGACAAGCAAACGGGGCCAGAGAUUCGCAGUAACCGGAGUUUCGGAACCCAAAAGAGGGAUCCGGACAUCCUCCAUUGGAUUUAAGAGAGAAGACACAGCUGGAGAAAAGGAGAAAGCAAUUGGGCCCAAAACACCAGAACCUGUGCAGUCAGCAGCCGAAGAAGAAAGCCAGAGAGAGAGCGACAUCCCCAAGGAAAAGAUGGCGGAAGAACAGGGAGACAUGGAUCUCCAGAUCAGCCCAGACAGAAAAACAUCCACUGACUUUUCUGAUGUCAUUAAGCAAGAAUUGGAAGACAAUGACAAAUACCAACAAUUCUGCCUGAGUGAAGAGACCGAAAAGGCCCAACUUCACUUAGACCAAGUGCUCACCAGCCCUUUCGACACCACAUUUCCGCUAGAUUACAUGAAAGACGAAUUCCUCCCAGUGCUGUCUUUACAGAGCAGUGCUAUGGAUGGCAGUUCGGAAAGUCUCAAGCAUGAAGGGAUCAUAGGCUCUCCGUGCGGCAGCCUGAUGGAGGGCACCCCUCAGAUUAGUUCGGAAGAAAGCUAUAAGCAUGAGGGCCUAGCCGAGACCCCCGAGACAAGCCCAGAAAGCCUUUCUUUCUCGCCAAAGAGAAGUGAGGAACAAACUGGGGAAACAAAGGAAAGCACCAAGUUAGCAAUGCCAUCAGAAAUUCUUUCAGAAAGAGAACAUCCCACCACCCAAAACGUGACUGCUUGUCCUGAAGGGCCAGGUUCCACAGUCACUGAGGACUCAGAGCCCUCUCCUGAGUGUUUGCAGGAGAAGGCCACCCCAGACACUUCCAAAGAUACGUGCCCCAAGCAAGAAAGUGAUUGCUCUGACAGUUCUAGUUUAACAUUAGCAAGAGAAACGCCCCAUGCACUAACUGAGGAAGCAUCCCACGAUGCAAAUCAUCUUACAUUUGGGGGUUCAACCCACAAGACACAAACUGACACUGAAACUCAGGAGUCCUCAGUACCCUCAGAUGAGACUAAGUCCCCACCUGAUGCUAGCGCAAAGGCAGACACAGGAACUGAAUCAAAGCCCCAGGGAGUCAUUAGAAGUCCCCAAGGGUUAGAACUUGCACUCCAUAGCCGUGACAGUGAAGUCCUCAGUCCUAUGGCUGAUGAAUCGUUAGCAGUGAGCCACAAAGACUCUCUGGAAGCCAGUCCCGUGCUAGAGGAUAACUCCUCACACAAAACUCCAGAUUCUCUGGAACCAAGUCCUUUGAAAGAGUCUCCUUGCCGUGACUCUCUGGAAAGCAGCCCUGUCGAACCAAAGAUGAAGGCUGGAGUUCUGCCAAGUCACUUUCCUCUGCCUGCAGCUGUUGCCAAAACAGAGCUCUUUACAGAAGUGGCCUCGGUGCGGUCACGGCUACUCCGAGACCCUGAUGGUAGUGCUGAGGAUGACAGCCUUGAGCAGACGUCACUCAUGGAGAGCUCAGGGAAGAGCCCCCUCUCUCCUGACACCCCCAGCUCUGAGGAAGUGAGCUACGAGGUCACACCCAAAACCACAGACACAAGCACACCCAAACCAGCUGUGAUUCAUGAAUGUGCAGAAGAGGAUGACUCAGAAAAUGGAGAGAAAAAGAGGUUCACACCUGAAGAGGAAAUGUUUAAAAUGGUAACCAAAAUUAAAAUGUUUGAUGAACUUGAACAAGAAGCAAAGCAGAAGAGGGACUGCAGAAAAGAGCAGAAGCAAGAAGAAUCUCCUUCAUCCUCAGACCCAGAUGCUGACUGUUCAGCAGACAUGGAUGAACCAAAACCCAUGGAGAGUGUGGAUGGUGAAAGUGAUGUCCCUGUGUUAGUGACUUCAGAGAGCAGGAAGACUUCUUCUUCCUCAGAAAGUGAACCUGAAUUGACACAGCUUAAAAAAGGUGCUGACUCAGGCCUUUUACAGGAACCAGUGAUUCGAGUGCAACCUCCUUCCCCUCUUCCAUCUAGCAUAGACUCCAACUCCAGUCCAGAAGAAGUACAGUUCCAGCCUAUUGCUACCAAACAAUAUACUUUCAAGAUGAAUGACGAUACUCAGGAAGAGGCACGUACAUCAGAAGAAGAAAAAGAUUGUGAAACCCAUUUCACUGAAGACAGUCAUACUGUUUCCACCAGUGACACACAUAGAUCUGAUGAUGAUCUCAACAGAGACACUGAUAAGCCAAAAACCUGUGAUGGCCACGGGUGUGAGGCUCUGAGUCCUAAUGGCUCAGCCACUCCUACAUCUGGAGGCCUCCAGAGUGAAACUGGUGAUGAUAUCAACGAACAACUGGCCCUCCGUAAGGAAGCAUUAGCUCUCCAUGACACUCAUGAAGAAGCUGUACUAGGGGAAGAACUAGAUGCAUCUGUGGUAGAAUCUCCACAAGGAGAUUUCCCUAGAGACAACUCUUCAUCUUUGUCCUCCUUGCCUCAUUGUUCAGGAUCUGAAGGAAAAGAAUUAGGUGAAGACCUAUCCCCCACACUUGCCACUACAAAAGUGGAGGUUGUAAAAACAGAUCAAGCUUUUGAGAGCCUAUCAAUGGACUGUUCCACUCAAGACUCAUCUAUGACUAUGCAAGCAGAGAGAUUUUCCAUGGAUGGUCCUGUGUCUGACCUAACUGAGACUGAUGAAAUCUUUGAUCCUCAAAUCAUAAGCCCUUAUGAAAAUGUUCCUCCCCAGUCUUUUUUCUGUAGUGAAGAAAGCAAAGUGCAAACAGAUGAAAGUCACACCACAAGUUCUCACUCUUCUGCAGUAUGUUCUGUUACCAUCACGUCCUCUGUCGAAGAAGUCGUGGUGGGAAGCUCCUCUAGAGUUGUUUCAGGCAAAGAAUCUAAUAUUGAGAGCCAGAAGAUAGAAAUUGAAACCAAGCAAGAAAAUACCAUGGGGGAAUUGCAGCCAGGAAAAUCCUCCUCAUCUUCAGAGCCUUCUAUGCCGAAUACACCAGCAGUCAAUGUUGAACAAAUAAGCAAAGUCAUCAUCACAAAAACUGAUGUGGAUUCUGAUUCAUGGAGUGAAAUUCGAGAAGAUGAUGAAGCCUUCGAGGCUCGAGUGAAAGAGGAAGAACAAAAGAUAUUUGGUUUGAUGGUAGACAGACAAUCACAGGGUACCACCCCUGACACCACUCCUGCCAGGACCCCAACUGAAGAAGGGACCCCAACAAGUGAACAAAAUCCAUUUCUCUUUCAGGAAGGAAAAUUGUUUGAAAUGACCCGAAGUGGUGCUAUUGAUAUGACCAAGCGGUCCUAUGCAGAUGAAAGUUUCCACUUUUUCCAAAUUGGCCAAGAAUCCAGGGAAGAGAUGCUCUCGGAAGACAUAAAAGAAGGGACUACUGUGGUUGAGCCCCCACAAGCAGAGACAUCAGCUGGGUCACUAGCACUUUCAGAAUCAAAAGAAAUGGGGGAUGAUGAAGCCGACUUAGUUCCAGAUGAUCUGAGUGAGGAAGCAGAGGAAGUACCUGCCUCGGAUACUCAACUCAGUACCCAAAUGGGCAUUUCAACCGCGACUGAAAUGACCACUGAAAAGGAUAUUUCUACAGGGACUGAGGACCUCCCUACUAUGCAAAUGGAAGAUGUACCUCCUCUGUCAUCUCGCCCUGAUUCCCCAGAGCCAGUUGUACAAGUUCAGUUAGAUUUCUCCACUGUUACCAGGUCUGUAUAUUCAGGUCGAGAUGAUGAUUCUCCCGAUUCUUCCCCAGAGGAACAAAAAUCAGUGAUUGAAAUCCCUACUGCGUCAAUGGAGAAUGUGCCUUCCACCGAAAGCAAAUCCAAAAUUCCUGUCAGGACUGUACCCACCUCAACCCCAGCCCCUCCAUCUGUGGAGAAUGAGAGUUCAGUGUCUGAGGAAUUUCUCUCCAGUCUGGAUGAGGAAAAGAAGGAGGAUGAAGCAAAACCAAAGUCCAAAAUCCCCAUCAAAGCACCCAUCCAAAGAGUGGAGCAGCAGCUUUCUCAUGCAGACUUGUCUCUCCAGAAGACAGCAGUUCCUCAGGGACAGGACAUGACAAGCAGAGCUCCAGAUAAUAGAAGCAAAUCUGAAUCCGAUGAGGGUCCUUUGGACUCAGAGAUCAGAUGCCCAGUGAUAAACAGAAGUUACACUGAGACAGAAGCAGAAGGCAGAGAAGGGGCAGAGGAGCUUGAGUUAGAAUCAGAAGAAGGGGCCACAAAACCAAAGAUAUUUGCAUCCCGACUGCCAGUUAAGAGCAGAAGCACCGCCUCCUCCGGCAGGGAGGGCGUGAGCCCCACUAAAGAAAGCAGGGAACAUUUCUUUGACCUCUACAGAAACUCCAUAGAAUUCUUUGAGGAGAUUAGUGAUGAGGCUUCCAAGUUAGUGGAUAGACUUACACAGUCAGAAAGGGAACAGGAAUUAGUUUCAGAUGAUGAAAGUAGUAGUGCCCUGGAAGUUUCAGUAAUUGAAAACCUGCCAGCUGUUGAGACCGAGCACUCAGUUCCUGAGGACAUCUUUGACACAAGGCCCAUUUGGGAUGAGUCCAUUGAGACUCUGAUUGAACGCAUCCCUGAUGAAAAUGGCCAUGACCAUGCUGAAGAUCCACAGGACGAGCAGGAACGGAUCGAGGAAAGGCUAGCUUAUAUUGCUGAUCACCUUGGCUUCAGCUGGACAGAAUUAGCAAGAGAGUUGGAUUUCACUGAAGAACAAAUUCAUCAAAUUCGAAUUGAGAACCCAAACUCCCUUCAAGACCAGAGUCAUGCACUAUUGAAGUACUGGCUAGAAAGGGAUGGGAAACAUGCUACAGAUACCAGCCUCAUUGAAUGUCUCACCAAGAUCAAUCGAAUGGAUAUUGUUCAUCUCAUGGAGACCAGCACAGAACCUCUACAGGAGCGCAUCAGUCAUAGCUAUGCAGAAAUUGAGCAGACCAUUACGCUGGAUCAUAGUGAAGGGUUCUCAGUUCUUCAGGAGGAGCUCUGCAUUACACAGCACAAGCAGAAGGAGGAGCAAGCUGUUUCUAAAGACGAGUCCCGUGAUCACCCUCCCAUCGUCUCAGAGGAAGACAUUUCUGUUGGCUAUUCCACUUUUCAGGAUUACAUCCCCAAAACGGAGGGAGGCGGCUCAGUCACAACACUCUCCCCCCAAACUCCAAAGGAGCAAGUUCACCAGGAUUUCUCAGGGAAAACGCAAGACCUGCCUGAAGAGCCAUCUCUUGAAUAUCAGCAAGAAUACUUUGUGACAACCCCAGGAACAGAAGUGUCAGAAUCUCAACCGGCUGCACCGAUCCGUAGCUCUCCCGGGCAGACACCAGAGGAGAUGGGCACCCCUCUGGAAGAAGAGAGGCCGUACCUCCAGACCCCAACGCCCAGCGAGCGGGGAGGCUCGCCCAUCGUACAAGAACCCGAAGAGCCCCCUGAGCACCGGGAGGAGAGCUCUCCGCGGAAGACCAGCCUCGUGAUCGGGGAUGACAUGCCUGACCUCCCUCCGGAGACUGUCACUGAAGAAGAAUACAUUGACGAGCAUGGACACACCGUGGUGAAGAAGGUUACUAGGAAAAUCAUCCGGCGCUAUGUGUCCUCUGAUGGCAUAGAAAAAGAAGAGAUUACAGUGCAGGGAGUGCCACAGGAACCUGUCGGCAUCACUGAGGGGGACAGCUACUCCAAAGUUAUAAAGCGCGUUGUCUUGAAGAGUAACAUCGAACAGUCAGAGGUAACUUUGUCUGAACCCAGCAUUUUGUCCAGUACCUCACAAUUUGAGGCUGAACCAGUGGAAGGCCGUAGAGUCAGCAAAGUUGUUAAAACAACUAUGGUGCAUGGAGAGAGGAUGGAGAAACACCUGGGGGAUUCUAGUUUAGCCACUGAUCUUCCUUCAGCCAAAGAUGACUUUGAAGAGGCUUUGAGUUAUGCAGGUAGCCACAUGAAAGUCCACUUUCCCAGUUUAGUAGAGAAUGAAAUCCUGAAAGAGGAUGGAUCAGUCAUUAAAAGGACAACACUGAGUAAAGCCAGUACCCAGAAGAGGGCUGUGGUGAAGGACCAGCAUGGAAAACACAUUGACUUGGAGCACCUGGAGGAUGUGCCAGAAGCACUAGACCAGGACGAUCUCCAGCGUGAUCUCCAGCAACUCCUCCGCCAUUUCUGCAAGGAGGACUCGAAGCAAGAGGCCAAAUGAGGAGCUGCCCAAUUCUCACACCAGAAACCACACGUUCACUCAGUAUGCAACUUCCCAUUUCCAUACAGGAGUGACGCAACUGGCCUAAUUACUGGGACACCCUGACAUUUCCGCUGUUAGCAAAUAUACUGCAUUCUGUUUUAAUUUUUCCCCAUCCUCUUUCACUAUAAGCUAAUUUGUGACCAAAGAUAGCAUCCUUCAUUCUGGAUGCUGUAUCCACUACUUUGUUGUGUCUGUGCUAACCUGGGGACUGGCCACCUCCAUAGUUCUUUGCUUCUGCACAAGCUCCGUGAAAACUCAUUGAUCGGAAGAACUUCACCUGCAGACCUCUUCAAGUGACAGUUGUUAGGAAUCCUGUAAAGGAUAUCCAUGUACAAUGUACAUAGCUGAAAUGCUCAGAUGAACAACAUAUUAAAAUUAAAACCACUGCCUAUCAUAACUGCAUUGGGCAUCAUGGAAUGAAAGGCCUCUAGAAAUUGUUGAACGAUGGUUGCUAAGAUAUUGCUAACACAAUCGAAUGAGAAUUCAGUCCUACUGCGCAAGAAGCACUUCAGAUCUAUUAAGACCUUAGAACUUGCAGCGUAGCCAUUGCUCCUAGUUAAAGAUGGGUUAAUGACUUUGAAGAACUGUCCUGAGAAGUUACUGCUGGUGCUGGCCAGCCAUGAUUUGUGAUUCUCCAGCAGCCACUCUGAGGCAGGGGAAGAGAGGAGCAGAAAGCAGGGUGAAGCAGUGAGAUAUUCAGUUGCUAGCGGCUGCAUCCUGUAGCUUCCUAGCAUCUUCAGGUCUCUUAGAUCUUGGACACAUUGGCAGGGUAUUUUACAAGCUAUAACUACUAUAGUUCUCCAGUUUUCAUUGCUGCUUUAGCAAACCAUGCUGUCUUACUGGUGGUACUCUCUUCUGGCCACUGCACUGUAGAUAAUUCUUUGGAAACAAGAUUUGCCCACUACUCACAAGGCUAAAGCCCUUCACCAUGUUGGAGUGGUUCCUUUUUCUUUUCUCCAGAUUUGUAUCUUCUCUAAUACCUGCAUGUGGCAUUCAGAAAUCAAAACCACAAUCCAAACUCUCGUCUAAUCACAUUAACAGUUUUCCUUCUUCUUACCCUGAGUGAGCACUUUUCACUGUCCAGCUAGGUCUGUUUUUCAGCUUGUUGACAAGAUUGAGGAAUCUCUGAAAAGUUGGUUUUGGUUAAAAUUUUGGGUUUAUUUAUUUGAAAUCCACUCUCCCUUGGAAACUCUCAAGUGCAUUCGUGCACUUUUGUAUUUGUUUGUUUCAACAAAGGGACUGUAUGAUCUGAGUGAUCUCAGUGUCCUCUUCCUCACUCCUCUAGUGGUUGAAGCUGUGUAGCAUUUUAACAUAUAUAUAUAUAUAAAUAUAUUCACAAAUAUAUUCAGAAACAGUAUACAUUUUCAAUCAGUUAUUUGUUAAAGAAAAGUAUAUUCAAUGAAGAUGAAACUUAAAAAAAUAAAAAACAGAACCUAUCCUCCAGGGAUUGAACAUUUUCCAAUUCUUUCUGGUCUUUUCCUGUUGUGCAAAAAUGACUCAUCGCUCCGAAUGUCAAAAACAAAUGUGACAAACAAUGGCACUUCAUCUUUUAAAGCAACGUUGCCAAGAGAGAAAAUUUCCUAGGAGGGAGGUUUCCCAUAAGCCAGAUCUCCUAAGCCUCAAAUGCUAGCACUUUUGGCAGUUGGGUAGGAAAUAAGCAUUUUUUUGGCAGCCAAAAUGAGAGGCCACUGGUGAAACUUUUUUGAGAUGCACCACGGCCUUGUCAAAAACUUCACUGGAGCUCAAGAAAAGCAUUUCUGUUGUGUUAUUUGCAGUGCAGAUGAUGUCUGUGUAACAACAUAAUGGCUAUUCACCUUUUUUGAUUUUGAUUUUUUGCUGUGUUAUCAAAAAACUUGAAUACUGUGAGAAGAAGUGAAUUUUUCAGUUGAAGAAUCAGCAUCUUGUUCCCAUGGUGAUAACACUAAUUGAAUAUAUCUAUGAGGGCAUGUAUUAGUUAAUGGAAAAACUACAACACUAACAAUACAUAGCUGCAACGUGUACAAUGGCUGAUUUAAUUCAAUAAAAUGUACAAGUGUUAAAUGUG